UGAAAAUUUUAGGGUAUGAAGCUUUCAAAAUGGAACUCCAGGAUUGGGAUAGGGCAAAAGAAGGAGAAACAUCUGACGAAGCCAGAGGUGGGACAUUUCAGAGCUCAAGGAAUACCUCUGAAGAGGAAGCUCAAAGAGUUCCCGGUGACAGAAGAUGCUCUUCUUCCUGUUGGUACUCCGAUCACUGUCCGCCAUUUUGUUCCGGGCCAGCAUGUUGAUGUCAUUGGCAUUACGCGGGGUAAAGGUUUUCAGGGAGGAAUGAAGAGGUGGGGCUUUAAAGGAAUGCCUGCAAGUCACGGUACCUCGUUGACGCAUCGAAAUAUUGGUUCUACUGGACAAAGGGAUGCUCCUGGAAAGGUUUUUAAAGGGAAGAAAAUGCCUGGGCACAUGGGGGCUGCACAAAGGACAGUGAAGAACGUGUGGGUCUACAAAAUAGAACCCACAAGAAAUUUGAUGUGGGUGAAAGGGCAGGUUCCUGGUGCUGAGGGCAACUUUGUUUUUAUCAAGGAUGCCGUAUACAAAGAUCCUAAGAAAGAUAAAUCUUUGCUACUGCCAUUCCCUACCUAUUUUGUUCCAGAGGGCGAGGAAACAGAUCAGCUGGAACCUCUGGCUGCUGAUAUGGGAGAUGUGGAUCCCUUCAUGGUUGCAGAUUAGCCAACUACCGGAAGAAAUAACAAGAGACCACAUUUUCCGUGUUUCUUCAUAGGUGUUGUAAGAGUGGUGAUGUGAUUUUGGUUAACAGGGUAGCAUUGUUUUCCUAAGUAAAAUUUCUUGGAGGAAUCAGCCCGCGCUGCUUUUCUAGCAGAAGUUAUACUUGAACUGACGAAGCUGAGCUAGAAAUUUUAUUUAUUUUUUAUGUAUCUGAAGAAGUAUUUCACAAUAAAUUUGUUGCAUGGGGGUGGAACAUUAAUAUAAGUUCAGUUAAGUUACUUGACUA